GAGCCGAGAGGAGCCGAAAGAAGCCGAGCCCCGAGCCGCCAUAGCGUUGCGUUGGUUCCCGGAGCCGAGCGGUAGCGAGGAAGGUUAUCGACAUGCUGCGAUUGCCUGUCUUUCACAGGACACUAGCAGGCAUCUCCCAAUCUGCCAAAGGUUGCCUGGGAGCGAAUAACAAUGUUCGCACAACCGCUACAGCAGCUAGCAACUUGGUUGAAGUGUUUGUGGAUGGGAAGUCAUUUAUGGUAGAGCCUGGAACCACUGUACUGCAGGCCUGUGAGAAAGCUGGUUUCCAAAUCCCUCGUUUUUGUUAUCAUGAUAGGCUCUCCAUCGCUGGGAAUUGCAGAAUGUGCCUGGUGGAAAUUGAGAGAGCUCCCAAGCCUGUGGCUGCCUGUGCCAUGCCAGUGAUGAAGGGGUGGAAUAUCCUAACAAAUUCAGAGAAAAGCAGGAAAGCCAGGGAGGGUGUGAUGGAGUUUCUGCUGGCCAAUCACCCAUUGGACUGUCCAAUCUGUGACCAAGGAGGAGAGUGUGAUCUCCAGGAUCAGUCGAUGAUGUUCGGCACCGACAGAAGCAGGUUUAACGAGAGCAAGAGAGCCGUGGAGGACAAGAACAUUGGGCCACUCGUGAAAACAAUAAUGACCAGGUGUAUCCACUGUACCCGCUGCAUCAGAUUUGCCAGUGAGGUGGCAGGUGUGGACGACUUGGGUACAACUGGAAGAGGGAAUGAGAUGCAAGUUGGCACGUAUAUCGAGAAGAUGUUCAUGUCCGAAAUGUCAGCGAAUAUCAUCGAUCUUUGCCCUGUUGGGGCUUUGACAUCCAAGCCUUAUGCUUUCACCUCCAGGCCCUGGGAGACAAGGAAAACCGAGUCCAUUGAUGUGAUGGAUGCUAUUGGAAGUAACGUUGUUGUGAGUACACGGACCGGGGAGGUGAUGAGAAUCCUGCCUCGUCUGAAUGAGGAUGUGAAUGAAGAAUGGAUCUCUGAUAAAACCAGGUUUUCGUACGAUGGCCUGAAACGUCAACGCUUGACUGUGCCCAUGGUCAGGAAUUCUGAGGGGCAACUGGUCCCUACGUCCUGGGAGGAGGCAUUCAUCCAAAUUGCUGGAGUGCUUCAGGGAGUGCAGAGCAAAGAUGUGGCUGCUAUUGCUGGAGGAAUGGCUGAUGCUGAAGCUCUUGUGGCCCUGAAGGAUUUGAUGAACAGAUUAAACAGCGAUUCCCUCUGUACCGAGGAGAUCUUCCCCAUGGCUGGAGCCGGCACGGAUUUACGCUCUAACUACCUGCUGAACACCAAGAUCGCUGGCGUGGAGGAGGCCGAUGUUCUGUUGCUGGUUGGCACCAACCCACGUUUUGAAGCCCCGCUUUUCAACGUUCGAAUCCGAAAGAGCUGGUUGCACAAUGACCUCCGAGUGGCUUUAGUUGGGGCAAAUGUGGAUUUGACUUACACAUAUGAUCAUCUUGGAGAUUCCCCACAGGUGCUGCAGGAGAUUGCCUCAGGAAAUCAUCCGUUCAGUCAGGUCCUGAGCGAAGCUAAGAAACCAAUGGUGGUAGUGGGCAGUUCAAUUCUUCAGCGGAAGGACGGUGCAACUAUACACGCUGCAGCCAGCACAAUCGCACAGAAUGUUCGAGUGAGCAGUCAAGUUGGGAAUGACUGGAAGGUCUUGAAUGUUCUCCAAAGGAUGGCCAGUCAAGUCGCUGCUCUGGAUUUGGGAUACAAAGCUGGCGUUGAUGCUAUACGAAAAAACCCACCAAAGGUACUGUUCCUGCUUGGAGCAGAUAACCACUGUGUCACACGACAGGAUCUUCCAAAGGGUUGCUUCAUCAUUUACCAGGGCCAUCACGGAGAUGUUGGAGCUCCCAUGGCAGACGUUAUUCUUCCAGGAGCAGCUUACACAGAGAAGACUGCCACAUAUGUUAACACAGAGGGCCGGGCUCAGCAGACCCAGCUGGCUGUGACUCCACCGGGCAUAGCUAGAGAGGACUGGCAAAUCAUCAGGGCAGUUUCAGAGGUAGCUGGCGUUACACUCCCAUAUGAUACCCUGGAUGAAGUUCGUAAAAGGCUGGCAGAAGUAUCUCCUAACCUGAUCAGCUACGAUAACAUUGAGGAGGCCAACUUCUUCAAACAGGCAAAUGAACUUGCAAAGCUGGUGAAUCAACAGCUCCUUAGUGAACCACUUGUUCCACCUCAGCUUACAAUUAAAGACUUCUACAUGACUGAUCCAAUCAGCAGAGCUUCCCAGACAAUGGCAAAGUGUGUUAAAGCAGUCACAGAAGGAGCCAAGGCGAUUGAAGAGCCUUCCAUCUGUUAAUACAGAAUAAAGUAAUCACAAAGUUAUCUGUACCACACAGCUGCAACUGUGUUCUGUGUAACCCAUACAAUGCUGGCCUCCUAUGAACAAUGAAUGUAAUCCUGGCCAGGGAUUGAAAACAUUAUAGCAAACUUUUGUGUGGCUCUCUUUGGAGAAAUUAUUCUUUUGUGCCUGUCUGGUUCCAUCACGUCACUGUAAAGUUAACAUCUAUUAAUGUAAAGUAAUAUAAACUACUGCAAUAAAAUAGUUUUAAUACAAUGCUUGGGCUGGGUAAUAAGCUUGUGAAUUUGAAUACACUGACUCUUUUUGGUCAUAGUGAUUGUGUAAAUGUUUAUAAAACCUUCCACUGAUAGCAGUUCUUUCAUUGUCUUAUUCUCAGCUAUAUGUUAUAUAAAUGUGUACUACCAAAGUGAGGGAAGGCCAUUGAGAUAACUUCUUCAUGCAAGUGUAUAUAAAAUAUCCUGCAUCAAUUGUAA